CGCAAUUCAAACGUUUUCGUCACCUCAAUGCUAUCAUUGUUUAGUGAAUAAUAUUCAGAUGUUAAAGGAAUGAGUUUUGUUGAUGAUGCUAACGACCCCUCGACACAGUUAUUCAUAAUAGAAGAUUUAACUCCUGGGUAUAAUCGCAUUAAUGACGGUUCAUUUCAAAAUGAGGCUUGUAGAAUAAACAAUUUUUCUUGUCGAUCGGCAGAUAAACAAUGCUGCCAACAGUCUUUACACACUGUAUCAACUGCUCGUUCUCCGGACUGUAAUCAAAACGAUACAACCCUUACCCAAAGAAGACAGUCAGCUCGUAUUGAAGCUAAACAAAAGAAUAAAAAAUCGUGCUGUGAAAGUGAAGAAGAAGGUGUUUCAGAAUAUUGUUUGAGAACUAAAAUUCCCGGUGGUCUCACAAAACAAAUCAAAAAACCAUCUCCACGUGUGAAAAUAAACAAUUCUGCUCGCAAAAAACGUACAAAAUCUCGUCAUUCUAAACAGUCACAAGAUUUAAGUAAUUGUUCUUCAGAUUCUGAAGAAAAUGACCCUGAAAGAUUAUGGUGUAUAUGUCGACAACCUCAUGAUGAAAGAUUCAUGAUAUGUUGUGAUCUAUGCGAUGAAUGGUAUCAUGGUGAUUGUGUUGGGAUUAAACCAGAAGAAGGUAAAUGUAUGGAAAAAAAUGAAAUUGAAUUUGUCUGUGAUUCAUGUAAAUUAAUGGGUGCUUACACAAGCAAAAAUGAUCAAGUUGAUAAUCUACAAACAUUUCCUGGUUCUGAUAAUGGUAAUGAAUUUAUGUCGACACAAUUUGCUCCAAUCAUUGAUACAUCUGUAUCGCCCACCAAUCUAUUGACAGCAACCAUAGUAAAUAGUUUAAGAUUACGUUUAACUGAAGAAGCUGAAAAAGAACGUGAUCGAAUAGCUACUAUUUUACCAGAGACAGAUAUAGCUAUGAAAUGUCCUUCAGAAGAUGAUAGUUCAGUUUCUGAAUCAUUUUCAACUUUAACUAGUGUAGAAGAAACUCCAUCAUCUGUGGUCACUAAUGAAAAUAAAUUAUCUUCCGUAAACAAUUCGUGUGUUGUUAACAACACAAAUAGUUUACAAUCUGUUAAUUUAACAAAAGUCCUAUCACGUCGAAAGAAACGACCACGAAUUAUUUUAAAAAAUGAAAUAAAAGAACAAGUGAAUUCCACAAAUUCAUGUUUAGGACCGAAUUGUGAUAAAACUAUUAAUCCUCAAGUUAGUGUUUAUUGUAGUAACAGGUGUUUGAAAGCUUACGGAUUGGAUGUACUUCAAACAGUUUGCAGAAAAUAUGACUCAACAGAUCCUCUAAAUAAAUCGGGUCAUCAUUAUCGUUUAGAUGGUCGUAAAACACUCGUUGUCUUAGAUCGUAGGAGUGGAACAGUUCUAAAUGGUACUAGAGCACCAACUAGUGAUUCUUUGAUUGAUUUUUUGUCUGCCCAUCCCACGUUUCAAGUUGUUUACAGUCGUCAGAAAAAUGAUCGAUUUCAAAAGACUUCAUCUUUGAAUCAAUCGAAUAAAUGUUCUGGACAAAAUGAAGGAUCGUCAAAUGUGAAUAAAAUCUCAUCGGAGUAUGAUCCAUCCCGUUCACCUUCGUCCAUAUCAUCUGAAUCAAACGAUAAAAACAAUAAACAACGGCUCUUGACGCCUGAGAAUGUUGAGCGUAUACGAAAGAAGUAUCAAUGUCUUCUAUUUGCACUACUUGAAAAAAGAACACAAACCUCACGUCAUAUUUUCACAGCUAAUCGUUCUAGAUUGAAAACUUUAGCUACAGAAUUGGAAGGUGUAAUCUCUGCCAGAAAUAACUUAACUAACUAUUCUACAACAUUAGAUGGAUCUUCACCACUGGCACAAGAUUAUUCAACAUAUAAAUGUCAACUACAUUUAUUUCUUAAUUGUUUAGAUAAUCCUUGUAUUUCAGAGAAAUCCAAUACUCUUAAUAAUACGACUUCUACUACUGAGUCAUCUGUAAUGUUACGUGAUCAAUUUUUCGACUCACUAAUUAGCGGCACAUUGAGACCUAUUGAUUUGGCACAUUGUCAAGACGUAAAAACAUUGGAAUCCAUAGUGAGGCGUACUCGUUUAACAGAUAAUACUCAUAAUAAGUUGUCGGCUUUCACUUCAUCUGUCUCAUCAAAUAAUAUAAAUACAAAUCAUUCUGAUGUCGUAUAUGGAUCUAUUCCGACUAGCUGUACGGGGAUUUCCUCUUCAGAUAACUCUUUAUCUUCUGAUCUUCAUACAGCCACAACAGUAACAACAUGUCAAUCGACUGAAAUUACUAACACUACCACUACAGCAACUGUAACAAAUGAAUUACCAAUAUUGGAUACUACAAGUGAACAUGGCAAACAUUUAUAUGAUAUGCAUUGUAAACGUUGUACAGGUCAAACGAAAGCAUUUACGAAACAAUCAUCUCAACAACUACAACAACAGUUGCCAAAAAAAUCAAUAUCAUCCCCUUCUAAUAGUACCACUAAUGUUUGUGAUGGCCUAUCCACAUUGUCUGUGAAAACAGAACCCCGUGUUAGUAGUACAUCUUCUGGAGAAAAGGACUCACCAUUUCUCCCAAGCCCUGUUGAAUCGCUUCAGACAAAAGUAUCAGUAGCUACAUCAGAUAGUUUACCUAUUCAAGAAGCAGUGAAAUUAUCUCCUAAUGAUUAUUCCACACUAAAAAGAACAAAUUAUUUAGAAGAUACGACGAAUGUCAUAAAAUGCAUGGAUCCAAGACGAAAAGAAACAAAUCCACUACAUAGUUCGUUCGAUCAAUAUACUCCUAAAAUCAAAUCGAAUUUAAAACGAUUAAAUGAUCAGUCUCUAUUUGAACCAUCUACACAAGAUAGUUCUAUUUCAACAAAACCACUCAAUAGCUUUUCUCAUUCUCCUAAUUAUCAUCCACCAUCCAGUGGUGUUUCAACAGGUCUGUUAGAUUUGCCUUUACCACCAGCACAACAAAUUAGUUUGCAUAAUAAAUCAUCAUUCAAUUCACAAACAAACUACGAGAAUAGUUAUUUAUUGUCGAAUCGGGAAAAAUUCAAUUCAAAACCUUGUCUAUUAUGGUCUGGAAUGUUAUCAUUAUCAACACAAUAUUCUGGUCGUGAACAUAUGUUCAGUUUAGAGAUUAAUGUUUAUCCUUUUGGAUAUAUUCAACCGAAAAUAUUAAAUUAUCCUGGUAAUAAUUAUAAAAAUGAAAUGAUCCAAUGGGAAUCUUUAUUAAUUGGUAAACAAACAUCACUCGUUGUUAGUCGUGGAGUGAAUUUAAUCAGUUUACCAGUUUAUUUAGGACAGACAUUGUUAGAUUCAACACAUCCUAGAGAAUUGUUUGCACUUCGUGUUACACCGAGAACUAAACAAAUGUCUCAUAUCUAUAAAGAUAUAUUUAAUCAUUUAAAAGAGAUCAAUGCAUGUGGUAGUUUAGAACCGCGUUUUCAGGGUAUAAAUGAUUGUUUACUCUAUCCAUUGAUAGGAAAUACUCAUUUAAAAGAUAUACUACUACCGGUGGAUUUGUUAUCGAAAUUUCAGUUAACCGGAUGUGAUGCCGUUGUAGAAAAUCAAUUAUUAAUUAUAUUGACUAGACCAAUCAAUGUGACAUCAAAUGUCGAAAAUAUUUCACAUCCUUUACCAUCGUUAUUAUCAUCAUCAUCCUCACCGCCAAUAUUGAAUCCCGAUCAAGAGACACCGAGCAAUACAGAAGAAAUCGCAGUUCAUUUGCCGUCAGAUGAUAAAUUAUGUUCACCUUUGUUUAAUUCAUUGUCGAAAGACGCUUACGUACCAACUCCUGUUCAGUUUAAUGAAGAAGCAUUAUCUACUGAAAAUAUCAAAAUGGAGAAUCAGACUGUUGAAACAUCUUCAAUAGAUUCUGUUGGUGAUAUUGAUCUUCGUCCUUUAAUCGCAAAUGCCACUAUCAACAAUGUCAACCAGUCAUUAUAUCCUUCUACUCAACAAUGGUUCUCAUCAUCUACUGAAGAUGUUGAUUAUCGUAAAUUAAUUCCACAACCUCCUAUUCAUCCUGGAUGCUCUACACCACAAAAUGUAUACAAUAAGUCAUCUCCACCCAUGAAUAAUGAUUACAAGAGUAGUCAUAGUAGUAAUAGAAGUGUACCCAGGUUUCGGGAAAAAACGACUUCCUUGUCUUCUAGUAAAAGAAUAUGUACAAUUAAACCUACUAAUUACCAACCAGUCCAUUCGGCUCGCCACUUGUUACCUGACCCAGUAAGUAGACGAAACUCAUGUGUUACUCGUUCUCCUCUUCCGUCUACUAAUCCACUGCCAGUCACUAUCAACAUACAACGUUCGAAUCCUUGCGCUCUUUUGCCUACACCAUCUAUCAGACCAUUACGUCGUCCACCUUCCUCCCCCUCAUUAUCAUCACGUCGGUCAUCGCGUAGGCCGUCACCACGUUUGUCGAGGUCUCCACGUCCUGUUAGCUCUCGCAAGAAGCCAUCUGUAAUUGUUCAUAGUUAUAAUCAUCAUUACAAACAUCGUCAUUCACGUUUUCGUCAUUAAAAAAACUUAUUUUUAUGUAUAGUUAUUGUUGUACUUUUUGCGUAAGCAAUUCAUUUACACUACUAGAUAUGUGUGUUUUUGUGAGACUUUGUGUGUAUUUAUUUAUGUCUUCAGUAUCGUUUUCCUAUUAGCAUUUUACUUUUCCACACCCGUUGAUUAGUUCAUCCAUCAGCCCUGAUCUUCAUCACAGCAAUAAUUUCUUCGACAUAUUUCAUGUAAAAACUUUGCCACUAUUAUUAUCCGUGUGUUGUUCAGGAGUUUUUUUGCUUCACAUAACUGUUACAAUUAUUAAACUAAUAUGCACGAGAUCAACAAUCACUACUAUAUUUGUAUGUAAUUUCUAUCUCGUUCUAAACAAUUUUUAUAAACAUACUGUAUCUCGUGUGUGUGUGUGUGUGAUUUUAUUUUCUUAGACAGUUUUUUUUUGUUGUUUUGCUAACACAUAUCCACCAGUGAGUACGUGAUUGUGUCCACCCCUUACCUGUUACUUAUGCCUUAAUUAUUUUUAUAAUUUUUCUUCAUUUUUCAUAAAACUUUAAAUUUCAAAGAAGUACUUCAGAAUAACAUGUUCUUAUUAUUAUCAUCACUGUUUCCUUCUUGGGUGUGUACAGUUUCAAACCUUUACAAGAUGAGUAAACAUUUUAACUAAUAG